UUAUGUCAUUUGUCAGCAAAUUUGCUUGUAGGCAUUACAAAAGUAGGCAUUGCACUCCCGCCUAAAAAUGAAUUUCCAUCACUGCCUCCUAAUGUCUAAGUUGCCGCGCAACUAUUUGUAAUAAAACUUGAUCUUGGAGUAUUGUGAAAACAGGUGAUCUGGCCUCUCUGUAUGAAUGGAUAUUAUUAUUUGUCCGGUGCGUCUAAUUUUUGGAGUUAGUUGCUCCUUUCCAAGUUUGUUUGUUAGGUAAAGCGAACAAAAAAUUGACAAGUUUGUUGAUAAUUUUCCGCACAUUUAUGUGAUGGCGAUCACUCUUCGGGUGAACUCCUCGUGUAUCAAUCUUGAAACCCAGCUAGUAGUAAUUCCCUCAGUUUGUGAGCCUUUGCCUAGUGAGUGCUGACUACCAGUAAUGCUUUUUAUGGUGUUUUCAGAUAUUUUGAAAUUAAGCGCCAAGUUAUACUUCCGUUAGCCAUUGCUGAUCUUCUGAAAUUGUCGCUCCCUGAAAAUCUCUGCCAAAUUUGGCUCUUUUGUUCCCAAAGAACCUAUUCCUUGGAUUCACACAUUUUGAGAAUAACUUCUAAAUUAUCAUUAUGCUUUUUAUCCUUUAUCAAGGAUGAGACAUGUCCGGUAUGCCAUUCUAUUGAUUUUUUACUACAGGCAUACCUUACAGCUGCUAGCAUUAAACCUGUAGCAUUUUUGAAAAGCUUUUCUUUUGAUUCUUGCCAUUGAGCAGGCAUCCCAGACAUUUUUCACUGACCUUCAACUGAAAAUGAAUUUUUCCAAGAUUAUGCCAAGCUUGUGGUUUUUUGUAAUUCUUGCUUUUAUCGCUAAGUGUUACAUCGUCAGUUAGAAUUUCCAUUUCGUCACAGCUGGUAAUGCAAAUUGAUAACGGGGUCUUUUAAACGAUGGUGAGUGCACAGGAUUGCAGCCCAUAAAUUCUUUCAUUGUAUUAUUGUACUGAAUUCUCACAGUGCUAAACGAGUCUGCUAUUUUUUCAAAGAAUUGGUAUUUCCUUUGAAAUAACUGCGUUAGUGUGUUCAUGCCAUGAACAUAUUGUCAGCGAAUAUAGCAUCAAUGGUGUAAAUGUGAAUGGAACAAUCGAAGAGGAUUUAAAGUGUUCUAAAAUGUUGCGUUUAUCACAUCUCACUAAAUUUUGACAAUAUCGUACCAGGUUUCACAGAGUGGGAGAAAAGUUUAGCGAAGUCAUAAAUGAACGCCACUUCUAGUGAAAAAAAAUUAAAAUUCGGCACCCUUCGGAAGAGUUUCACUCCCUCUGUGCCGCGGCACAUUAGUGUGUUGUGCGGUAUUGUCUGGUGUCCGGUGGAAAUUCCUCUAAUUUCACCUAAUUGGUCUAAAAACUGUUGUGUGUUUAUCAAAACAGUCCUAUGUUUAACACUGUGUGAACAAAUAUUGUAUUAUAUUAUAAAAUACUUUUUAUUUGUGUUUAUUCGAUUCCUAUUCAAGAUUAUUCGAUGAAGAUAUUUUUAUUGUUAAGAUACAGGCUAAAAAGUAUAAUUUUUAGCAUUGUCUGUGGGUGGUGUGCCCCGUGGCUUUUCUUUGAAGAGUGUGCUGUGGAUCAAGAAAGGUUGAAAAACACUGUCUUAGAUAGUCCUGUAAAUGACGAUUGCGCCUUCAAUUGCAGAGGCCUGGGGAUGAAUCUUGAUUCGUGGCGCGAAAAUUUUCUUUCUCUCGUCAGCAAGUUAGAGGCAACAAAACGGUUUCGAAAAUGAUUUUAAAAAUGCCAGCUAAAGAUACGAAAUGCUGUGGAAAGUUAUAAAUAUUUAGAAUGCCUGACUUCUAUUUUAAAGCCAUUGCCUCAAUAAUCUUGGCGCGUGUUGAAAAAGGCGGAAAAUGAAGCUUAGACUAGAAAGGGCAUCCAAGGUUUGCUAUUCUUUUUGCAUUUCAACUUUAAAAAUUAAUUAGAACUUAGCUGGUUACUGGAACUCAGACUUUAGCUGAAACAUAGCUUCCCAUAACAGCUUUUAUUCAGGUUUAAAGUACUGUCAUUUCGAGUUCUGGCUUUUUUUUAAGUAAUCUUCUGUUCAGCUAACAAGCGAAGAUAAAUCGCUUGGUCUUGUGGUUGUACUUGUCUACUGAAUUAUGUCAUUAGAUACUAAAAUUUCAAAGCAUUUCUUGUUUGUUCAUGUUCAUUUUUUCGCGGCAAACCACGAGUAUAAUUCUUUACAUAAGGUUUGUGAUAUUAGAAACGUUUACUCAACUUGUAUUGGAACUACAGCUUAUAUUAAAAGUCUAGUUAUGAAUGAGCUGUUAACAUCUGAGUUGCAAGGAAACCUUAUGUUAUAAAACAUAUUUAGGAAGCGAAUUUUUAAGCACAUUAUUCUAAAGUAACCGAAUGUCUACGAAAGUUAUUUGUAAUAGAAGAAGUGCCAGUUGCAAGUUUCCAAUAAGAUAGUUUGAAAAAAACUAUGUCAAACAAAAUAUUCAUUUUACAUUAUAAGUGUUCCUUUGUCAGUUAUUAGAUCUCCAUUUUGAUUCUCCACAGGUUAAAACUUCAUGGUUGUUUUCUUCCUUCUGUCUAUGUCUGCUUCUUCCCUCUCAUGUAGAAUAACGAAGUCGAUGAUAUGUCCAUAACCAAAGAUGAACAUGUCAGGCAUCGUGAAAGUUUCCAAUAAGCACUCAGCCCACAGUCGAACGCUUUGGCCUAAAUCUAGGUAAGUGGCGAGAGCCUUUCUUGAAUUAUUUUUCAUCAGUUCUUUUAAAAUUUUUCUUAUCGAACUAAACCGUGUGAAUGAAAAAAUUGUGACCACACAGCAACUUUUGCCUUAAAAAAUGACCGGUAGACCCUUAACGAUAUGCCGCAUACCAAAAAUGUCAUUGCGCCUCCUACCCCCAAUCUAAGCAUGCAUGCUAUGCCCCUGUUUAGCAGGAAAAUUUGGCAACCAAGAAUCUGCAGUAGCAAAGGAUGUUCUCUUCUGCGUAUAUAUCUUACGCUUGCAAACCCUGUCGGGAUAUUGCGCAACCAUUGCUCUUCAUGUAAAAAACCACAGCCUCGGGUCAAACCUGUAUAGCCGUUAAAUAUUACGUGUUUGCUGUUAUUCUGGUUUAUUGAGUACUUUGUUCCUGCAGUUAGAAUAUGCCUAAAUGCGCUCCAGUUUAUGAUGUAAUCCUGAUAAGCUGUAGCUUUUUUAUAGAAGUAAGUAUAUCUCUCCACAGAUUCCCUUAACAGCACAGAAUAGAUCUUUCGCUCAUCAGCUCAUCUAUUAUUGAUACUAGCUUUGGCAUAUUCAGCUGGGGAUUCAAAAGUAUUUAGGUUCGUCCAAUCGCGAUGAGCGCAAUUUUAACAAAGUAAGGCAGCUGCACUUAUCUUUUUUAUCAUAUCCUUAUUGUCAAUAUCAGACAUAAUCUUCGCGAAAUUUGCAUUUAGUCUGAAUAUGCUGCAGGGGAGGACAAUUUCAGGCUGAAAUGAAUAAAUUGUAUUGUGAAACAGCAGACAUUUCGCGGCAAAAUGCUCUCUUUUUUUUGCUUCUUUUCUAAAGACCGUUUUUAUCGUGUUGGAGUGCAGGUCAUCAAAAGAAAUUUAGUUGGGUUUUGCUUUGAAGCUUCUGACAACAUGCUUUGAAGCUUUGUGUAGCUGACUGCAUUAUCAACUCAUUGAGGUUGACAUCAUUUCGUGGAUUUCGUCUCUUUGGCGUAAUAAUACACGUCUCUUAGGGAAUUUAUACUGCGUCUGCAGCUUGGAGUGGACAAGCAUUGUUCAUUGUUUUUCAAACCCUAUUGAUAUGAUGCACGCUUUCGCCACGCUGUUGCCCACUUUGAUGGAUAAAGAGUUCGCACUUUCUCAACAUUAGCACAAAAUUCCAUACUGGAAGUGUCAACAAUAGUACAAAAUUCCGUACUGAAAGUGUAGGAGAAACAAAACUGCAGCGCAUUUUAGGCUGCUCUAGCGCCUGUAUUUUGAAAGUCUACUUUUGAAUGUUAUCAAGUUCUUCGAAAGGUGUUACAUUUGGAAAACAGAAUUCAUUGCUUUGCAAUCUUCGAUGUUAUCAAUUGGAUGUGGUCUAGAAAAUGACUUAACCUGCUGGAUCACAUGUGAAAUUAGCCUUAUAAAAUAUACAUACUAAAAGGAUUUCAUGAUCACCUGCCUACAUCGAGGAAGGUUUGUCGCGAUUCGAAGGAAUGAUGUCUGUGGAAGAAUUUUGUGUUUCCACCCAAGAAAAGGGAUCUGCUAUAUCACGUGAAAGAUCUGUGUCUCUUCCACUGUUUCAAGCAAAGGAAAAAUCAAACUCGACAUUCCAGGAAGAAGACACCAGGCCUCCACAUUCUCAGAGUUAUGAUUCGCUUUUAUCGCUUGAUAAGAGCUCGUCUUUUAACCUCGAUUCAAGCUCUCAAAUGUCAUUACCUGAACUGAAUAAUACAUUGGUAGAUUCAGAAGGCUAUGCGAGCUUCCGUUCCAACCCUUCAAGCAGUUCAUCACCGUGGUCUAGUAGUCAAAAUAGCCCUACUGGAGAAAAUGAUCGGCUGGACAAUUCAUUAGAGACUGAGAUUGAAGAUAACUGCGACAGUCUUACUAACGUAGAGCAAAGCAAUGGAAUAUGUCAUCACGAGAAUGAUGAAGAAGACGUCAUUGGAACUCAGAUAGACAAAACAAAAUGUAUUCCCGUUACAGACAGCCAGUUCUAUUCAAAGCUAAGAAAUCCUACGGAAAUCGUAUCUGCUGACAAUGAAAAGACAACACCACUUUCUUUGGACAUUGCUAAACGAAUGUCAACAAUCGACGAAGAUCAUGAAGAUACACCGUCACCAAGAUCAAUAAUUGAUAUUGAUAGGACGUUUUUGAAUGUGUAUAAAAACAUUUGUGAUAAAGAGAGGUUAGCUUAUUUCAAUGAAAAUGAAACUGGGGUAUCAAGUUCGAUUGAAAAUGACUUGGAAGAAGAAGAAAAUUACGUGAAAGGUAUUACCGAUGAUCAAAUGAAAAGGCAAAUCGUUGUAAAACGGCAUAGUAAUGCAGAAAUUAAAAUUGAGAGUGACGCGGCCGCUGUAAAGAGUGAUAAAAGGGGUAUGUUAUCUAAAGCUGAAAGCCAGUCUUCUGCACCAAACGAAGAGUCAGAAACUGAUAAAGACAUUCCGGCAAGAGUGGUCGAAUUUGAUGCAAAGAUAGACCCGUCAACACUAGGUGAACAAGCUUUCGACAUUGACUUGGAUCUUUAUGACAUACCUAAAGAGAAGAGGCAACCCCUUGAAACAAAGCUUCAAGAGCUAAGAACUUUUGUAGAACGAAUAAUCGAUGACCGCAGAAGUUUGGAACAAGAUCGGUUAUCUUUGCAGAGAAUUCUUGCUCUUAUCAGAUCCAAAGAGGGCACUGCAUUUAAGGGGGUUAUGGAAGAACGAGGAGAAAUGACGUUUACUUUUGAUUCUGACUGCCAAGAAGAGCAGAGUGAUGUUUACCAGAAUUUCCUACAUAAUAUAAACAGUAAAGUAUUAAGCAAUGAACGAUGUCAAGAAUCGUGCAUCGGUAAUGGCAGUUCUUAUGCUAAUAAUAUGCAACAUAGCUGUACUGGUUUUUCACUGUGUGUGAAAGAAGGACAAAGUGAAGUAGAAGAUAAAACGGUUGAAGUGUCAAACGAUGAUGAGCUAGACUACGAAGAAUUGCUGUCUAGCCUUGAAGAUGCGUUAAUGGAGAACAUUGGUUUGAAAAACGAGAAUCAGGAUUUGAGCACUGUUAAUAACGAGCUGAGGAAGCAAAUAGAAGAUUUACUAACACAAGAAGAGGAGCUCCGUUAUAAAAUAAAUAGAACGACAAUGAAGCUCAUGGAGGAUGUAGGAAGGCAAAAAGAGGAGAAUGUUGUACUUAGAAGUAAUUUUAACAAAGUUCUUAGAGACUAUAAUGAACUAGAAAUAGAAUUUGAAGAGUUAAAAGAGAAUUAUGAGGAGCUGAUCUGUGAACGAGAUGUGCUUGUUGAUGAGAUAGCAAUUAAAAACGAAGACUAUAACAUCUGCAGAAAUGAUUGUGAACAAUUGGCAGAGGAGCUUGAUGCAGCCAAGAAACAGCUGGAGCAGUAUGAUAUGGCACAAGAAAAGGUAUGGACAAGAGAAGACUGGGAAAACUUGACUGUGCUGCAAACAAAGGUCUCAAUUACUGAAAAGGCGCUACUUGAUGCAAGAAAGCAAAAGGCACUGCUCAUCGGGGACUUGAAAACAAUGAGGAAAAAGUUGGAGAUGGAAGGCCAAAGGAUUCAUGAGGCUGAAGCUGCUAUGGACAACUUGGAAAUUAAUCUAAGGCAAGCUUAUGAAAAGAACAAGAGUCUUAGGCGAGAAAAUGACGAGCUUCGGUGGUCUAUUUUGGUGUAUGAAGCCAAGUUGACAGAGCUAAGCAAAAAUGAAGGGGUACAAAGUGACAGAGCAGCGCCAUUCGAUAGGUUUGCUGAAGAACAUAGUCCAUUGGAAGGCAGUAGAAUGACAGCUGAGGGACUAUCCCCUAAAACUGAUGUCAAGGAUAGUAGCGCCGACAAUCCACCUAAAGAGACAGCCCCAACCAACAAUGAAAUUAGCAACAAUACCAAGACAGCAAAUGAGAACUCCGUCGUUCUUCGUAAAGAUUCAAAGUCUAAUAGUUUCAGAAGAGCCCGAACAUUCCCUAUAAAUGAAAUGGAAAGUCUUGCUCUUCGCUUCUGUCAAGAGACACAGCCAGAUUUUUACGCUGGUAGCCAUUACCAAAAUGCUUUCCAAGAGAUUGUUGACUUACAUGAGGAGGAAGAUGACGAUAAAGAUGACAAUUCUGAUGGGCCUUUAACAAUCAAAGUAUCGGCAAGAUAUGAUAACAAUCAUUUAGAGGAAAAGAGACUCUGCAGUCCAGAUCUGGUACAGGAAGGUCCACCAACAGGAUGUAUUUCGUCAGAAAAUCUGAACAGAAAAUUGCCACAUCGAUAUACCUGCUUACCGCUAAGGCUUGUGUUGCCAACUUUGAUGCAAAGUUUGCUUCAUUCAAAGUCAAAGAGAGGAAAACGUCCUGAACCUCCUGAUUAACCUAGCUGUCGUUUUUUUAAUUUUUUUUAAUAUUUGGUGACAUUGCUAGACUGUUUAUUUAUGUCAAUAGUUGUUUGUUUACUUAUGUGAAUUGUUAGUUUUCUUUGAAAUUGUGUGUCAGAGAGCAGUAUGUUUUGAGUAACACAUUCAUUUAGAUUUAAUCAAAACGAAUUGAGUUCCUUCAUUAAUUACAAAGGUAGGCAGAAGCAUUGCAAUUAUUAUUUGAUAUUCAAAAUAGACAUUCAUCAACAAACACACGUUUUUUUCACAAAUAUUUCCUCUUUGAGUUUAAAGUUUUUCAAACAUAUGCGCUCAACCACUUUCUUGCAUUUGUUUUACAUUAUUUUCUAGGCCCUUUUGCAAAUUUCUUUGUCUUGCCGAUGAUUGGCGACUUUCGUAAACAGAUGCAAUACAUAAUAUUUAUUUGCGCAGCCUUCAGGUUAUAUAUACUUUGCCUAUAAUUUUUCUGGCGUCAAUCACAACAUACAUAAUAGAAGAGUGCUUAUUGGAAACUGUUAGCUUGCGUUUUGAUCUUGUCAAUUUGUAGUUUAUUGUUUGUAGUUUUUUUAGUAAACUAUUUGAGAAAAAUGUAACUUUUAAGGUUUAAAAUUUGAUUCAUCUUUAAAUGAAGACCAAACUUUUCCAUUCUUCUGUUACUUUCUGCUUCGGAUUGUAUUUCUAUUAAUAUCUUAUCAGUAAUCCUCAGUGUUAGCCAUUGAAUUUGGCCGUGCAGCUUGUAGCAAAAACACUUUGGAGUCUUGAAAUUUACAUUAAGUCUCGUUCUAAAAGGUUUUCACGAAACGAUUUGUAAACCUGUAUAGAUUUCUCAACUAAGAGCAAAAAAACUUCCUUGUCACAUAUUUUUGCUCUUAUGAAGAUACCAGUUAUGACGCGGUUGUUGCCUUUCAUUAAACAUUACAACCUAAAUUUCUCAGAAAAAUCAUUGGAAAAACCACACUACACUACACUACACUGCACUGCACUGCACUGCACUGCACUGCACUGCACUGCACUGCACUGCACUGCACUACACUACACUACACUACACUACACUGCACUGUACUGCACUACACUACACUACACUACACUACACUACAUUACAUUACAUUACAUUACAUUACACUAUGCAUUAAUCUUUCAUCUAAACAAUGCUGCUUUUUAGCGUUUACUGUUAUGACUGACAAGAAUCAACUAAGAAAGAUUAGAGCUUUGAAAAGAUGCAACUGCAGUUUUUUAGAGGGAGAGGAAUAUACUUUUGAAAAUUCACAAAAAUCAAACGUUGUGUACGAAGACUUCGGUAGAGAUUGUAGCCUUCAUUAAGCGUUGUGAAGACUCUACCGAAGUCUUCGUACACAACGCUUGAUGUUACUUAUAUUCAGCCUGGAGGUGCAGAAAAACAGAAAUAAUAAUAAUAAUAAAAUCAAUGAUAAACAGAGAUAAUAUCCUUGUAAUAGUUCAAGAAAACUUCCUACAUAAUCAGUGAUGGCAUAUGAAAGAUAAGGCUUUUGAUGCAUGGUAGAUUGGUGAAGUACUUUCUAGAAACAAGACGCUAGCGGUAGAGAAGCUCGCCUUUUACAUUUAAGAGUAUUGCUUGAAGGGAGAAGUUAUUGAUACUCUUAAUAUCAAAUGAUUUAUUGCGUCACAAAAUUUUCAUGCUAUUUAUGAAAUUUUUUGAAUUAAUUGAAUUGAUUAAAAUGCUAACAUGAAGAAUAUUUCCUCAAAUCGAACAUUUUCAAUAAAUUGCCAAGCGUCAAAUGUUUCUUGUUUGACGUUAUCUGUUUGUCGAAUAAAAAUCUGCAGAUAAGAUGUUCCUCAUAGUUCAGAUUUCAUCGAAAUGACAAUAUGUCUAGAUACAACAUUCGCUUAUUGGUGGCCUUGUUCUCUCACAAUGAGAAAGGAGCCUGCUUAGUUUCUAUACAGACUAAUUUGUGGAUUCGACUCGCUGUCUUGAGGUUAUAGUUUAUUGAAUCUAUGAGGUCGUAUCUACAUGGAUCUAGGAAGCCAUUCAAAAUUUUCCAUUGUAGCUGUAAAUGGUUUUAAGGAUUCUGCCUUCAAUUUUCCUGUUCUUUGGAGAGUUUUUAUCAAAAGACUUCACGGCCGUCUUCAAAACUUUUUUUGGCUUGGGUGUGUUGUUACUACGGGUCAUUUGGUCGUGCAUGGAAUUAAAAAGCAGGGAAUGCAUUCACCAUUCGUGGCUUCAUUUCUUGGGGACUUUGUGACUAUGCUGUACAAACAUCCUCACUCGUCCUCACAAAAAAUGUUUUUGCAAACGAAGAGCUAUGUAUGGGACCGUGAUUCUGAACUUUCAACAAAUUUCAAGAAGGAAAAGGUCUAAUUGAAUCUUGACCACUGCAACAAUGACAAGCAAGGCACAUAAAAAGUCAGAGAAGUUCACAUUGAGUCAUGAAGACAGAGAAUUCAAAUCUGCCAGACAUACAAACAAACAUUUGUACAACAAGGGAAAAUUUGAGUUGCGAAGAAAACUGGUCAGUGGUCACUGGGACCGAAAAAUUAAAGAAAGGGUUGGUGAGAUUUUGCAACUC